AUGAAGUCUGGGCAUCUGUUUCUCUGCAUCGCGUGGUGCCUUCGCCACGUCUCUGCCGCGGAUGUUGCACGGAAGGUCGAGAGGCUGCUCGAGGAGCUUGUUCGGCCUGGCGCAGUGGAGGCCAAGGAAGGCCUGGAUUUUGCGUCCGUGAAGGAAGAAUUGGAAGCUUCCGGCUCCCACGGCUGCUUGGCCAUGCUCAACCUCUUCGGGGUGGCGGAUGGGCAGGGCGAACUGCGGCUGCCAAAAGGCUUCCCCCGGGACGCAACGGUGGGUCGGAGGCAUCUCGCCAAGGCGGUGGCGACGCCGAGGGCCCAGGAGGAUCCGUGGUCGUUCACGCUCCUGGGGCUUCUUCUGUCGGUUGGCAGCCCGGAGGUCGCCGGGCUGCAGUUGGAGGUGGUCGCCGGCCCUCAGGUGGUGGUGAGGAACCCCGAGGCUCUCCUCGAAGAGCCGGGAAGUGCCGCCAGCUCCCCAAAGGACGGGAAAGAGGCCUUCGACAGCGUUGGGGCCGCAUUCUGGGAGGCCGCAGAGCGCAAGGAGCCGCUGGGCAGCAUCGUCUUCGCAUCUCUCGUUCGCCGUGGGCUCACGGAUGUUCCGAUCUCGUGGACACGGCCACAAGCAGACGCAGAGGACAAGUCAUUGCUCCACCGCAUCCCAGACCUCCUUGGAGGCAAGCUGGAUGCUGUGGCCUCCGAGCGUGCCUGUAGGGCGCUGAGUACCCUGAUUACCCCGGCCAGGGAUGCGUCGGCGAACGAAGAGCCCCUGCUGGACAAGGCUGCUCUGACAUGGAAAGCGUGGCGGCACCGCGAGCGACGCUUGCCUAGUGACGAGGAUUGGCAACAGACCAAGGAGUACGUUGACCAUGUCAAGCAUGGAGCCGAGGUGAUGCAGCAGCCUCAGAGCAUGCGGGAGCUAGCGGCUCUGCACUUUCAGGGUCAUACGGAGGCGAAGCUGGCACAGAACAAGACGCUGGCAGAAAGCUACUGGACCCAAGCUGCCCGUGAGGGCGAUGUGUGGUCAGCUUGGCACGCGGCCCUCAGUUAUCUCCGAGAUGGCAAGGUCGAAGUGGCGGGCCCUUACCUGGACAUGGUAGGCAACUCCUCCGCUGCGCCCUUGGCCUUCAUGGCACUCCACUUCAAGUUCCGGUUCGGUGUCGGGCAGACCAAGGAUCCGACUCAGGCGGGGCAGUUUCUGAAGGCGGCUGCUGACUUCGGCAACUCCAACGCGCAGCUGAUCCUGGCACACAGCUAUAUGGGGUACACGCAUGGGAACAUGGAGGGUGUGUAUCCUCCAGGCGGGCCCGACAAAGCUGCAGCCCUGGUCUACUACAAAGUUGCUGCUGCAAAUGGCCGCCUCGUGCCCAAGCUGAAUGCAGGUUUGCUGAUUGCCCAAGGUGCUGACCCUUCCAUCCCUGAAAGAGACGUGCAGUGUGCCGUGGCAUAUCGUGAGCUGGCUGAAGUAGUCCACGCAGCUCAUCCCAGCGCACACUUGCUAUUCGCCCAUGCUCGCAGAUCCUUCAUGCUGGGGGAUUUGCUCGGGGCUCGCCUCCGCUUCGCCCUUCUCAGUGACGCUGGGUUUGUGAUGGCGCAUCUCAACUUGGCUUGGCUUUGGGACCAGGAGGCUCGCAAGCAGGCAUCCUUCUGGGGAUUCUGGGGCCGGUGGAGCGCAAGCCACAGCCCAGUCGUGCCAGCUUCGCUGGCCGCCCUGUACUAUCGGCGUGCUGCAGCCGCGGGGCAUGUGCCAUCCAUGACCGAGGUGUCUGUGCGAUUGCUCAAGGAGGCUGACCUCGCCGGGAUGGCCGGCACUUCAGAGACCGUGGUGGCUCUGCAGGCAGCGGCCUUCCGCUGGACGGCCCUGGCUGCGGAACGCGGCGACGGUCGCGCAAUCUUCGAUCAGGCGUACCUGCUGCAGUUCGGUAUCGGCACGCGCCAGGACGAGCAGCUGUCGCGAAAGCUCUACGGCAAACUGCUGGGAGGAAGCAGUGGCUGGUCGGCGAGGGUGGCAGCGCUGAGCUGGAUGGGGCUUACUGCAGCCCGCACCUAUUUCCUCAAGACAUGGGAUGGCCUGCGGCCCUUGCUGGGCUCCCUGGGCUCUCUUGCAUCGCUAAGACUCCCGCACUGGGCAACGAGGCAGGUGCAGGGCACCGAGGUCACCGAGGAGGAUCGCGCAGCCCACGCGCUCUUUGCGCGAGGAAGGCGGCUACAGGCUUGCAGCUUGCAUGCCGGAGGCUAUGUUGUUUCCGGCCGCCUCAUCUUCUGGAGGUGUGCCGUGAAUGCCCCGACGUGA